AUGCUUGAUAUUACGCAAGCUUUGUUUGGCACUCGCGCCGCUCAAUCACGAUACCUCGCGGAGAAAGCCUGGGCAAGCUUCGUUGCACUGGACAACUCUUUACCGCAAGAUGUGUGGGAUGUCGUUUGGGAUGAUUCUGUCGGGCACACUCUGGCAAGUUUUGUCGCAGCAGAUAUCCCGAUAGAGGCAUGCCACGCGCUCCUGCGGAGUUGCAUGCUGGGUCGCUCGGUGCACGAGAUGCGUCUACCUCUGAGUACGGAGGCUGGAGCAAUAUUCGAAGAAUUGCGGAUCUGGCACGCGAGUUGGCAGCUUGCCAAAGCUACGCAUGUGAUUUUUGAUUUUGAGAACAACUUUGGCUGGCACGCACUGCCAGCAAACGACCCUGCAUGGAAGUCCGAACAAUUUCUUGAAGAUUGGAUGGGAAUUGCGCGCGGUGGGUGCCGUGGCGAGGAUCAAGCAGAGAGGUUUAAUAUACUCUCUGGACCGUUAGUGCCUUCAGAACUUGCAUCGCAGGUCGAAGUUUUGUUGCCCCCAGAGUAUAAGCUGAUUUCGAUCGCAGGCUCAGGCACUGAGGCUGUGGAAUCAUUCUAUGAUAUUGCGAACAGCUACCUUACAGCUCGGAUUGGCAUGCCUGUGCCUGAUGCCAAGCUCCUCUUCUUCCGGGGUGCUUAUGUAGGUGGCGCGCACGGGCUUCAAGGGGCAAACGGCACCCGCGAUAUUGCCAGGCAUGCUAUUUCACCCUCGCGCGUUGAAGAUGGCCACAUGAUAGACGACGGUCCUUACACCCGUGCGGCCCUUGAUGAUUGGGAGGCCUUGUUAGAUGGCCGCUAUGAAAACAGUCCAGAAAGCGCAGCCCUGACGAAGGCCGAGCAAGACUGCCUGACUCGCAUCGAAGUGCAGGUUGAGCGUCUUGAAGCUGCGGGCUAUCACGUAGGCGGGGUUGUGGUGGAGUACGUCCUCGCAAGGACUCUGGUAGGUCUGCGUCCUUCAUUCGUCAGCGGCCUCCGACAGCUUCUGCAUGCGAAGCAUUGUUUGCUCUUUGAGGACGCCGUCAUGGUCGGUUUGCGGACUGGGGCGCCUUUCCUGGGAUCAGCAUGCUCCAGUGCACAACCCGAUUUUGUUGCCAUUGGCAAAGCAUUUGGAUUCUCAGGUGUGCUCGAGAACACGCAGCGCAAUCUAAGGCUGCGCAUUGGAUCAGAAAACCUGAACGGCUAUCUCACCUGUCGUAUUAGCUGCGCGGAUGUGUUGCGAGCCACCACUGUGCUACGUAGCAUUCACAGCAGGGGACUCAUGCUCAAUGCUCAUGAGAGAGGCCGGCGCCUGAAAAUGCGCUUGCGGCAGCAGGGCCUCGUGGUCUGGGGCUUGGGCCUUAUGCUUGGCUACGAUAACGAACGUGGGCUGAUGCUCAAUGCCAAGGUUCUCUUUUCGCGGUGCCUGCCCACUCUGGCGUUUGAUGAGAGUGGGGGCGGAGAUGUGGACAAAGUGUAUGCAGUUGGCGGUGCCGACGCCAAGCGCGUGGCCGCUCGAUUUGUUGCGCUAAAAAUCGAAGAGUGCGGUGUUGUUGGAGAGGGUGUCGCUGAGGCAAGGAAGGCGGCUCACGCCAGUCCCUUUUUGAACAUCCUGAUGAUGCAGGGCGCUGCCAGCGACUUUGUUGUGGGUCGGCGGAUUUUAUGCCAGUUCCUUAUGGUAGCACGAUGGCUGUAUCCGAACAAAGCUCGGUAUGGUCAUGUUGGGGCUGAUCUUGUUAAUGCUUUGGGGGCAUCUUGCGACAAUCUUGUAGCCAAGCUGUAUGUUGGGAAGACCUAG